AUGUGCGACGAUGACUGGGUCAAGGUGGCCAUGGCCGACGAUUCCGUCGUCGUCGACCUCCUCCUCCGCCUCAACCCACCGCCCUAUCUUCACCUCCACUGGACCGUACGUCAGCCCCGCUCCAAACACAACAAACCCGACUCCACCAGGGCCAGCCCCACCACUCCUCUCUCCUGGACCGCUGCCACCUCACCAAGCGCCGGCGCCGUCGAUGCCUACGACGACUUCACCCGCCCAACCAAACUGCCCGAAACUUCAAGAUCCAAGGUUGCUAAUCCAAGUGAAACAGCCACUACCAAAAAGUCAAGAAGGAAAAAGACUUCAGCUGAACUAAAAGAGGAGGAAAAUUUAUUGUUGAAAGAAAGGAGAAGUUUGGAAAAUGAACUGGCAUCCCUGCGUCUGACUAUCGAGAAACGUAGAGCCACAAAUGAAAGCUUAAAGAGAAUGAAGCUCGAUAUGGAGUCACUACAGAACUCUAAAACAGCUACAACCUCUGAGCUGUCUGGGAAAGCUGUCUAUGGCCCAUCUCAGUUUGUGGAUGCAGGGUGUCACCCAUCUACUCCAAUCUCCCCAAAAACUGUUACACAUAAGGUUCUUGAUGACAAUUCACUUGUUUAUGCAGCAAAUGCUUCUCCCAAAGCACAAGAGAUUGAUAACCAAGAAUCUAAAUUCGUGCUUCCUGAUCUGAAUUUGCCUGUAGACGAGGAUUUCAGAUCCAAUGCCAUGCAUUGAAUUAGCUUAUAAAGGAUUAGAUCUCCAGUGAUAGUCUGCAUACUGUUAAGUCAGACCGACAUCAUCCCUUAGUAUGCCUUAUAAUUCAAAGUAUAGCACGUUAGACCUAACAAUUUAGGCUUUGUUAAUGUAAUUGUAGAUGCUAAACCAUUCACUUGCCCCACUAAGUCAAAACUCAUGUGGAAAUUGUUUUUUGAUUCAUAAAGAUACUGAGGGUAGUGUAGAAAUCCCAACACAUCAGGCUUAGUUCCAUUCUUUUUUUAUUCCCUGGUUUCUACACUGUAGAAAAUUCUUUGUUGCAUCCCUUGGAUCCUUCUUCUUUAUUGUAGAAAUAUUUACCAAUAAAUAUAAUUACGUGUUCUUC